CGCAAAUACAGCGUAUCACAAAUCAGCCUCUUGCUUGAUCCGCUUACGAAAUGGCGUCUUCAUAUACUAUGCUCGAAGAGGUGAAAAGUCCCAUUCUCCCUCCGCAGCCGGCCGCCGUUAAGGCCGCCGGGAACUUCAUCCCCCAUCCAUCUCAGGCGACGGCACCCCGUUCCGAGCCGGACGAGCCAGCGGCACUGGAGUGCCAGCUCCAUGAACUCAGCAUGGGUCCCAACCCGUUGACGGGUAUCCCGACCUUCCCCACCCAGCAAGAACACCGUGAACACAUCCUCCUGCACAUGGCCGCCGUGUUUCGCAAUUGGGCGCGCAUGGGAUACACCGAGGGCAUCUCCGGUCACAUCAGCGUCCGUGACCCGGAGUAUCCCGAUUGCAUCUGGAUGAAUCCGAUCGGGAAACAUUUUGGGCUGAUGAAUGCCAGCGAUAUGGUUUGCUUGGAGAUUAAUACCGGGAAGAUUGUUGGAGGGAAUCGGACCCGCCCCGUAAACGCACCCGGCUACCACAUCCACUCGCAAAUCCACAAAGCCCGCCCAGACGUCCACUCCAUCUGUCACGCCCACACCAUCGCUGGCCGCGCAUGGUCCGCCUUUGGCAAGCCUCUUGACAUGCUGCACCAGGAUAUCUGUGACCUGUACAACUCCAUCGCCGUUGACUCUUCCUACAGCGGCAUCGUCACCGCAGCCGAGGAGGGGCAGCGCAUCGCCUCCGUCUUGGGCAAACACUCCAAGGCCGCUAUAUUGUUGAACCACGGGCUGUUGACCGUCGGAUCAACGGUCGAUGAGGCUAGUUUCCUGUUUGGAUUGCUCGAUAGGAGCUGUGAGAUCCAGCUUCGCGUGGAGGCUGCUUGUGCGGGGAAUCCGGAGCUAAAGAAGAAGUUUGUUCCGGACGAGAUGGCCUUGUUCAACUUUCGCAUGGCGGGGGAGAAGAAUUGGCUUUAUGCGGAGGCGCAGCCGGAUAUCGAGUAUGAAAUUGAGAUGGCGGGCGAGAAGAUCAAGCAAGGGUUGGGGAAAAUGAAGGUUGAUCAGAAGUGAAGCAGCAAGCUGGGUGCGGAACUCGGUCAAUUUAUGGUUUGAGGGAGUCGCUGUUUCUCCGGAGUUACUUUACUGUCGAAGAGAAAGUCGACUGACAAACAAGAUGAUUUACUAAUGAAGGACGACCACUUAUC